GUGACGCUGCAGAGUCGUUCAGCGACGUUCUCCUAGCACAGAGCCAAACUCUCAGUUUAUUUGCAAUGCUCUGGCGAUAGCAAGUAUCCUCAUGGUUAGAACAACGAUAGUCCGCCUGACCACAGGCCAACGCCGCUCGUUCAUCUCCUCCCUCUUCACGGCGACCUUCUUCGCAUCCAUUAUCACCGUGGCAGCAUCACAGAUCCUUCCAUGCCCCGCGCAAAAACGACGCGCAGAAUUUUACGCUGGCGGUGAUGGCAGCUCCUCCUCUAGCUCCUCAUCGACGUCGGAUGCAUGGACGAAUGUUCCGACUAGGCGUACCGGAGAGAGGAAACCCCGGAGGUGGAUUGAAGAAAAGACGCCGGGCGAGUGAUUUUGAAUGUGGGGCAUGAGGAUUGCGUCAAUUAUGAGCGCUUAUUGGGAAUCAAUGUUACACUAUAACAUACAAUUUUUUUUUCUCUUCUUAGACCCUUGUCGGGUUCUAACGCAUGCACCGUACAUUACAAUCCUUUUCUUAUCUCCAAUGCAGCUUAAAAGUCGCAUACGCAUCACGGUUGAAAGAAAUGAUUUUGUUAUUGCUACAAUACAUCAGGGAGAAACUGCUGCUACCAAAUAAAACUCCG